AUGUUCCACUCAACGAAGCCGUAUUCGGCCGUCACCGUACAAAUAGAGGUCCUUACCAGCGAACAAUAUGAGGUCGAAGAUUGGAGUGGCAUUGUUGAUCUAAUCGAGGCCAUCCGCAUACAAGCCAGCGGUCCUACUGAGGCUGCUCGUGCUCUGCGGAAAAAAUUGAAGUACGGAAACCUCCACCGCCAGCUACGGGCACUAACGAUCCUCGAUUUCUUGAUUCAAAAUGCCGGGGACCGUUUCCACCGCGAAUUCGCAGACGAACCUUUGCUUGAACGACUGCGAAUUGCCGCUACGGACCCAGUUUCAGAUCCUCUGGUUAAGGAAAAAUGCAAGCAGCUGUUUGGGCAAUGGGCAGUUUCUUACAAGGGUACCCCUGGCAUGGAGCGAGUCGCUAGUCUAUAUAAGCAGCUUCCGAAACGCAAGCAACCGGCAACACAAGCAAGAACCAAAGUUCUACGGGAAGCCGAAAGGCCGUCCGAGCCUCAGUUGGGCCAUACCGUGUCAGUGUCCGCCGGAAAUGGGCCUGCAAAGGUCCUCAGUAGCCCCAAGCACAAGCACUCGUCCAGCAAGUCGCUGAAGAAGGAAAAGAAGGAAAAGAAGCUUUACAGCCGGUCGUUCAACUUUGAGAAAGAGAAGCCGGAAAUGCUUCAAACACUAGCUUCUUCUUCGGUCGCCAGCACAAAUCUUCUUAAUGCUCUUAAGCGUGUCAACCGAGAGACGCAGCGUGUGAGUGAAGAUGCAGAGGUCCUCAACAGGUUUGAGACGUGUAAACAACUGCGCCGUCAGAUACUCCGGUACAUCCAACACGUGGAGAGUGAGGAAUAUCUUGGAAGUCUUAUCCAUGCUAAUGAGGAGUUGGUGUCCGCACUCAUGGCAUUUGAGGUGUUGGACAAAAGUGUGGACUACGAUAGUGAUAGUGAUCAGGACGUUCUUGAAAGCGGCUGGACACCCGACCGCGAAGUCAGCGAAUCCUUUACUGGGCUAUCCAUUAACCCUCCAAAACCGCCCCGUCCUACUCGACCAUUGAGCAUUUCUGUACCUUCAUCUUCUACACACAGACCGGAAUAUGAUACCGAGAGUGAGUCGGAAUUUGAGCCUGAUGAUGAUGACGAGAACAACCCUUUUGGGGACCGAAAUGCUAUUAUAACCCCUCUGGUGGAUAAUUUUGGCCGAACUGUUAUCGUCCCUGGAAUCCUACCUGUCAAACCACAAAGCAGGGGCACGAUGCCAGAUUACCCUCCCCGCGAAGAGCGCCGCCGCUCACGCUCGCGUUCGCCCCCUCGCCACCCAAAAGCUCACGGUGGCUUUCGCUGGAAAGACAAGCGUUCAAACAAGGAUAGCCAGAAUGAAGGCGACGUACGACUAGAUCGUGGGUACCGAAAUCGCUCUCCUCGUCGGCCGUAUGACCGAGACCAGGAUCGCGAGCGGGAUCGUGAUCAAGGCCAUGAUAGAUACAGAGGCGACUAUCGAGAACGCGACCGAUACCGCGACCGAGACCGCGACCGAGACCGCGACCGAGAUCGAAACCGGGAUCGCGACCCUAACCGCGCACAGAAAGAGAAGAAAGAAAAGAAACCCAAACCUGCUGCGCCGUCUGGGUCCGGGGAAGCAAUGAUAGUGGUACAUGUUAACGACCGCCUAGGCACAAAAGCCGCAAUACCUUGUUUGCCCUCCGACACGAUCGGGAACUUCAAAGCCCUUGUGGCCGCGCAUAUCGGACGAGAACCCCAUGAGAUUCUGCUUAAACGGCAAGGGGAACGACCGUUUAAGGACUUUAUCACUCUGGCAGAUUAUAGUAUUGGAAAUGGGGUGCAGCUAGAUCUGGAGGUUGGGACUGGAGAUUAG